GCCAGCCCCCGGCGACGGAUCCGAGGAGCAGACCCCCCGUGGCAGCCCCCAGAGCCAGACCCCAGUGGAAGACCCCCAGCAGGAGUCCGUGGUGCCCUCGGACGCGAAUCCUUCCCUUCCCGAGGAGGUCUCGCCAGGGGCUCGGCGGGUCUCCAUCAGCUGAUCUUUGUUUACCUUGAGCGAGGACGGCGGCGGUCGAGGGCGGAGGGAGACAGCGGGACGGCGCUGCCACUCACUCGCUGGCCACUCGCUCGCCAACUCUCACUCUCUCGCACGCCUUUAUGGCCCACAAUUCUGCCCUCAUGGCUACGUCUAUACCCAGCUCGGCCCAGGGGUCGUCCUCGACUGUCGUGGACCCCGAAUCGCCGCACUUAACCGGUGCAGAAGAACAGGUAUCGAGUGGCGUCGUGCGGCUGAAACUGCACAAGCCAAGAAAGAAGAAGGUCAGCUGGACGAAUGACACAAUUGACAAUGAAAAUAUGGGGAAGAAGAAGUCGAAAUGUUGCUGUGUUUAUGUGAAGCCCCACGAAUUUGACGUGAGCAGUUCUGACACAGACGAUGAGUGUGAGCACUGUUCAGGCCAUGUGGAGAAGAAGAACAGUCACCAGCCGGGCGGUGAGACUCAGUCAAAUAAUGGAUCGGCUGAGAAGUGAAAAGUGCACAUAGGAAACCCUGAGAGUGUUUUCUGGGGGCAUCGAGUAUGUGGAGUACUCUACUCCUUGAUGUGGAAAGAAAGAGUAUUCCUGCAUUAUUUAAACAACUUGCAGUUUUAAAUGUGUUUCCUUCUCUUAAGCACCAAAUCCACUAUUCAUCCAUAAUAUACAUUUAAUUUGUUCCUUCAGCUGAAUCUUGGCCAAAGGACAGAUUCUAUGCAAAAGCUUAUUUGUUGACUUGUCUUCCCUCGGAUUUUAAAGGAUUGUUUAUGACUAGUGUGUGGAUCCUGUAUUAUCACUCUUUGGUGUACGUUAUUAUCAUGCUGAUUUUUGGUGCUUGUGGUCCUAUGCCAAAAAAAAGGAGAACAAAAUAAAAAAAGGCAAGGAAAUACAGAUUAAAAUGUAAAAGUGUAUGGCCUGUGGAUCAGAAAAUAUGCUAUACUGUUUAAAUUUGUGUGGAGAGAAUGUGUAAAUGGACAUAUGUAUAGGUAUAAAAAGGCAGAGAUUUCCUUAUCUGAUUGUCAAAAUAAUGCUGUCAGUUGCAGUAUUAUAGGACUUGUUUUUAGUAUGUGGAGAUAAGAAGAUGGCGAUAUAGCAAAGGAUAUUUUUGAUAGGAAGAUUUCACGAAACAUAAAAUGUUACUGGAUGGCUGUCUUGUGGCACUGUACAUAUUCCAGGGAGCAGCGGUAGAAAAGAUAUUCCAAAGAUGCAUUCGUUGUAUAUUAUGUGAUUCAUGUUUCCAUGUUAGCGUUGAAUCCCCAUUGUAGUUGUUUGCUGUCUUGGAUUGUCUGAUGUAUCAUUACAUUACCGUUUAAAUUAUUUCUGUUGGUGAUCAUUUUAGAUAUCUUUUUGCCUUCUUUCUCAAGAUACUGCCAUAUGUGGAUGUAAGGACAGCAGUUCCAAGUGAAACAUAUUAAUUCUUUAGAUGCAAAACUAUACCUCGCUGAUAAUUUUAUUUCUCAAACAAAAGGCUUCAAUAAAUACUGGAAGGAAUAGUUCUCCUUUGCCCUUACACUUUUAUUGCAGAGUUUAUGUACAUAUCAGCUCUUUCCUUAGUAUGUAAAAGCAUAUAUCAAAAUUAAAAGUUCAAUCUUUUUUUUUUUUUCCUUAUGAUAAAAAGAAAAUUGAAAGAAAAUAAAGGUAAAUCAUACAGUUUCCUAACUGUGAACUUAUCUACUUUAAAACAGAAAUAAAAGGAAAGCACAACUGAUGCGGGGGAAAGAAGGCUCACACACCGUAAAAUGUUGAUUCCAGUUGUGAUACUGCUGUGAAGCUGGUUUAGAAUGUAGCUGUGACAGAGGGAAGAGAAAGAGUGAAAAAUAAUCUGUUUGGAAUGAAAAUGCUGAAGGGUUAGUGUCUGAUUAAGGGACACCAAAUCCACUUGCUGUUUAUUUGCCUAAUAAAAUGGACAAGCAUUCAUCACCCACAAUGUGAAACUGGGAUUUGCAUGAGCAUCUUUCCUUGAGGAGAGUUUUAAGGUAAUAUCUGAUGAAAAAUUGAUAUGGUAGUACGAAACAUUUAGAAAAAACCUGUAGUCAGUUUUAUAUGCACAAUUUAUACCUUGAAUAUAUCUCUUGGCAUUCAGUUGUAGCUUGAUUUUUGUCUUGAAAUUUAAGCCUUUGUGAUUCCUCCACAUCUUGAACAGUAUUCAUGCUUACUUUUUUUUUCCUUUUUGUCUCAAGAGGUGUUUUGAUUAUCUAGGUUGGACUCGGGCAAAAUAAUGUUCAUACAAUACGGCUUGCUCUGCUUAGAAAAUAAAGGAAAAUACAACACAAGGCAUGGAAUGGUUGUGUAUACUGUGUCAUAAUAGUUAACCGUGUUAUUGAAUAUUAGUUUAAACUAUGUUCAUAACAAAAUUAGUACCUGGAAAAUGUAGAGUACCUACUAAAAAUGAUUUUAUCAUUUUGGUGGUGAUAACAAUAAAAAAAUGCAAAUUAUUAUAAUGUAUUGUGACUUUGAUCUUGGCUUUUCUGUUUUAUUAUUCACAUUUUUCAAGCUGUCAUAAUCGCCCAAGAGAAAUUAAUUUCUCAGACAAUAAGAGGACAACUUUUUUACCUCCCCAAUCAGUUAAUUCCUAGAUGAUCAAGAUGCUUCUGUAUAUACACACACCGUUGCUUAUGUAAACUGCAUUCCCUAGUAGCUUAGUAACUUUUAUUAUUUAACUGGUAUCAACUAGGAUACAUCACAUGCAUAUCAACUACCACUUUUACUAGAUUGCCUUCCAUUGUAUGUGUGCGCGUUUCAUGGCCAUCUGUGCUUGCUUAAACUGAUUUUGUGUUCUUUGGAAGUGAAAGUUAUAUUAGUUGCCUUAGAUGCUAGUUUAUUAUGAUUACAUUUAUAAUUUAUUUGAUUUUUAAUCUUGAACACAAUACUGUAGAAUAUAAGCUUCAGUAUACAUUAUAUAUUUACUUUAUAGUAAUGAUGAACACAUUUUUAAUGACCUUUUUGUUUUCUUUUUCUUUCAAUCUUUAUUGAAAGCUGGAAGAAAUGCUAGAUGUAAUUGUCUAGUUUGCAAUAAGUAGUUUUGAAAUCUUUCCAUGUACUUCUCCCUCCCCCCCCCUCCCCCAGUUUACCUGUAUUAUUUAUCACAUUCAGAACUUUCCUGUAAUCAACAGCAGAAGAUCAAAAUCUUAUGAUGAAUUAAAUUGAGUUGCAUUGCUGUAAGUUGUCAUUGUUUACCUUCCCUUAUACCAAAGAAAAGAAAAGAAAAGAAAAAUCUUUUUUCUUUCUUGAAGUUUACAGCAAAGAACGGAAAUUUUUUCAGGUGAGCUCUAUUAAUAAAAUCUAUAAAUUGAAA